AUGUCCACUGAGGAGUUCCAUCUUUGGAAUCGUGAUAACCUCAGAAGGCUAAACAAAGCACUGCAUGGAAAAGCACGCACGACCGUGGAGCCAUUGCUGUCGUCCCCGGAUAAUGUCGAUCAAGUUAUAAGGAUGCUGAAAUCGAACUUCGGGCGCACAGAAUGGGUUGUAGCCAAUCGGUUGGAAGCGCUUAGAAAUUUGGAUGCCAUCAAAGAAGGAAGUAUCGAAUCAUUCCGAGCCUUCUACAAUGCGGUGGUCGGCACAAAAAUUGCGAUGCAUAAUGUUAAGGCAGAUAACUACCUCAAGCAGAUGUGGAUUCGACACAAGGCAGCGCUAAUAAAAGAAGACGUCGUGGUAGAUUUCAACACUUUCGUCCGCUGGUUGGAGGAUGAGAUGGACAAUCAACUAGCCAGCAUCAACCCCGUGUUUGGAGCCAAGAAGCCGAAUAACCAGGUGAAGCCGAGACAGGUCGUCUUCAACGUCAACAGUCGCGAAGAAGUAGCAGAAAAGAAGUGUCCCCUGUGCUCGGUAAGUUCGCAUUCUAGUCUAGAAAAAUGUGAGCAAUUCCGUAAACUUUCGGUUGCACAACGUCGUUCUACUGCCAAAUCGUGCAAAGUUUGCUACGUCUGCCUGUUAUCGGAUCACGCUAGGAGAAAUUGCAAAUCCGAUAAAAAAUGUUCAAUUUGCAACAAAAAUCACCACGACCUGGUCCAUAGCGACGAUGUUUCUAGGAAUAACAGGCCCAGCCGGUCGGAUGUAGCGUCGAACGUGUGUAACAUAAAUGGCAAGAACGUCAAUACACUGCUUCGUGUUGCCAAAGUCAAAGUUUGUGGUCCAAAUGGCAUCGAAGAAGUGUUUGCCCUGUUCGACGAAGGUUCAUCGUUGUCUAUGAUGGAUGCAGAUGUUGCGACACGAAUUGGAUUACAUGGACGGACUUCCACAGUAAACUACCGAUGGACGAACGGCAUUUCGCAUAAGGAGGAGCAUUCAAUGAUACUGUCAUUCAACAUCUCUGGGCCGUCGGAACAAGCAAAGUGGUUUAAAGCCAGUUGCAUCCACACUGUGAAGAACCUCGAUCUACCCUGUCGUGACUUCAUGAAACCGCACGUCCUCGCGUCAACGAAAUCGUUUCAAAACUGA